GAUGAUGAUGAUGAUGAUGAUGAUGAUGAUGAUGAUGAUGAUGCAUUUGUUAUUGUUAGCGAUGAGGACUACGACGAACAGGAAGAGGAACGAAUCAUGAAUGAGAAAGACGAAGACGAGUAUGUAUUGUCAAAAAUGUGCGAGUCCUGGGCCCUGAAAGACUUCUUCCUGCCCACCUUUGUUAACGCUUUGAUGCACCAGCAGACGGACAUCCGUCAGGCCGCCAUCUACGGCAUUGGCGUUGCUGCCAUGUGUGGCGGUCCAGACUACACAGCCGUCCUCGGCGACUUUGUCGGUCCCCUCAUCCAGUUGAUUGAGGCAGCUGAUUCGCGCUCCGAUGACAAUAAUAUCUGCACGGAGAACGCCAUCAGCGCCAUGACAAAGGUAGAGACUAUUAUUGGCAUGAGUCACCUGCGUUGCUUAAUACGCCUCUUUGUCCUCACAAGUUGCCAUGGCAGUGCCAGCACCGAUGCCCGUCGAAGUCACCUCGUAGGCUCUCAUGGAUCGCUGCCUAUCCCUCAGCCUAGACAUCCGUCCUUCUAA